CUUAGAUAAAAAUCUGAAUGACAAUUUUUGGAAACCUCCUCCUCUCUGUUUUUUCAUCUUCCUCCGUUCAGCACGUUACUGUGUCGCUGAUUUCUGGGAAAGAAACACGUAGCUGAUAUUGCUGGAGGUUUGUUACCUCUCAGUGACUCAGUGACUCACAAUCGAACGACAACGGUGCAGACGAGGACAAUACUAUUCUGACAGCUGCGAGCGAGGAUGAAGAGUCAUUAAGAUGUCCCUUAGCUGUUUUACAUGGCCAUGAAGUCACAGAAUCUACAACGGCAUCUUACACUCUAUUGGAGCGGAAGCCUGAUUGUAUGGAAUUUCUGCGCAUGAGGUUGAUCUGAAUAACGCAGAUUCACAGAAUUGACUGAAUUGUACACCGUAGACUGAACAUGAAGAGGACCUACUUCCUUCUGAUUUUCUUGCAAAAUGCUCUCUCGAUGGCUCCACACGACCACAAGGUAACUUUACGUUUGGAAAUUCAACCAAGAGCUGCGUUUACUGGUGAACGGGUUGUCCUGAAGUGUUUAUGGUCCGAUCUAAAUCCAGACCCUUCUGUACCCUACCGGUGGUAUAAAAAUAACCAGUUCUGGAAACUUACGUAUCAUAAUACUUACGUCAUCAACUCAGCGAAACUUUCGGACGCAGCAAGAUACCGCUGUGAGUUUAACUCUCAUCAGUGGAAAUGGGUUUCACAGGACGAAAACGUUGUUGUUACAGGCGGUAAAAUCGCCCUUGAAGUCGACCGGUCUUCAGUUUUCGAGGGAGAAACUCUGCAGCUGACUUGCCGGUGCAAAAACCCACGUAGGAGAUACCAAGUCAAAUUUGCCAAAAAUUGGAUCCUGUUUCAUUCCUUGACGGGGGUGAAUAAGAUUACGGUGCACAGAAUGAAAGUCAAUGGCUUUCAGGAUAGUGGAUAUUAUCGUUGCAUUAUUGACAGCAAACAUUCCAAUGCAGUGGACGUGGUUGUUCAUGAACUGUUUUCCAAACCGGUGCUGAGGAUCGAACAAGCUCCCGAAAUAUUGGAGGGGGAACGAUUAACACUGGAUUGCUUUGUCCGAACGAUCAAUUCUAACUUCCCUCUGCAAUACGCUUUCUACAAAGACAUCGAGACACUGAAUGCUAUUUCAGAACAUCGUGAAAUGCACUUCGGAACCGUGACGCCAGAAAACUCAGGAACUUACUUUUGCGAAGCAUCUUCGGUGGUGCUGGAUGUGCGAAAGAGGAGCGACAAGGUUUCCGUUUCUGUAAGAGAACUCUUUUCCAAACCGUUGCUGAGGAUCGAUCAUGCUCUCGAAUUUUUAGAGGGAGAACUACUAACACUGGAUUGCUUUGUCGAAACGAUACUUUACGAUGUUCCUCUGCAUUACACGUUCCACAAAGACUUCAGGGUUCUGAAUGCCAAUUCAGAGUUCCAUGAGAUGUACAUAGGAGCCCUGAGGCUGGAAAACUCGGGAAGCUACUUUUGCGAAGCAAGUUCGCAGCAGCUGGAUGUGAGAAAGACGAGUGAAGAGGUAUUCAUUUCAGUAAGAGAGCUCUUCUCCAAACCAAUACUAGAGGCGGAUUAUGAAGCUGAAAUAUUUGAAGGAGACUCAUUAAUGCUCACCUGCUUUGUCCAAAUGAACAGUUCCAAUGCACUUCUUCAAUACACAUUUUACAAAGACGACGAAGCACUGGAGGGAGCUUCAGAUAUCAACCAAAUAUGGAUGGAAACGGUGUCAUUGCAAGACUCUGGUACAUACUACUGCGAAGCAAAUACACUGACCCAGGCUGUGGUGAAGAGCAGCAAUGAAGUGUUUAUUUCAGUAAACCAGAGUUUCUCAAAACCGACAUUGAGGGCAGAAUCCGAGACACAAUUAUUUGAAGGGCAGAUUUUAAAACUUGUGUGUCAAGUUGAAGUAUUUCGGCCGGUUACGCUGGCUUUCGCAUUUUACAAAGAUGGAGCGGCUCUCAAUUACUUCUAUGAUGAGAAUUUUUACGUUUCGAGGGUAUCUUGGCUAGACGAUUCGGGCAUUUAUCAAUGUCAAGUGACUGCUCUGCGAGGCGUAGUGAAGAUGAUGAGUGAUCAGCUUUCCAUCUCAGUCCGAGGAAUUCCUGUGUCCAAGCCAGUACUUACAAUGAGUCCGACCAAAGAGCUGAUGGAAGGAGGCACGGCGCUCCUAAACUGCACUGUGACCAAUGGCUCUAAACCUAUUACUUAUAUUUUCCUCAAAGAUGGGGAGAAGGAAUUAUACCGAGAGGAAUCGAACCAGACUGAAAUUCCAUACGAAAUUGUUAAUGUAAACAAAAUCUUGGAAGGAAAUUAUAGCUGUGUUGUUGAAAACGCCGCGUCGGAACUCCGCCUUUACAGUGACUUCAUUAAGAUUACAGUAACCGUGCAAAGUCCCGCAACCAGAAUUAGUCUUUCAACUCUUUCCUGUCUUCUCGUCACUGCCCUGAUUGGAUUGUACUUCCUCAGGCGUCGGAGCAAGAACCAGAUCUGUACAGGUGAACCCGCAAGUGCUUCGCAAAGUCAGCGGAUGAAUGCGGGGAAUGGAUCUCAGCCAAAUAAUGACGAAACAACCUCAAAUAACUUGGAGUAUGCCGUGGUGGGGAUUGCUCGGGAUUCUGAUUUCAUUGAGUUGUCUGCUGGCGUUGUUUAUUCGGAAUGCAUCAUAAAGGAACAAAGCGACUAUGCUAACACAAGAGAAGUUUCAAGAGAGAAAAGAAAUAACGUGGUGAGCCCCAGCGAUUACAGCGUCGUGUAUGCCGCAGUGAAUCACAUGAAAAUGGGUGCCGGUUUGGAAAGGUCUGACACAGAUGAACCAGAUAGCAGUGAAACAAACUUCUAUGAAAACUUUGCAAGAAAGUAAAACGACACGGACAACUUCAACUGAAAUUCUGCGUGCAAAACAGUUGGACUUUGAAGGGGAUAUUAUUUUUACUUUUCAUUUUCAGUGUUAAGCCAAUGUAUUCCAAGAGUAACACACACAAAUACUGGAGGAAACUAGCAGGGGUCAGAAGUGAGUGCAAUUGUUAUUACUAGGGAGAAGGUAUUUUGGAAUUCAAAGGUCUGAAAAUGGAAAGUCACCUAAACCAUAUGGUCUAAACAUUAGGGCUCUGAAAGAGGUGGCUGUGGAGACUGUGGAGGCAAUGGUAAUGAUCUCUCAAGAAUCAGUAGAUUCUGAUAUGUUUCUAGAGGACUGAAAAAUUGUGAAGGUCAAUCCAUUCUUCAAGAAGGGAGGAAAUUAUAGGCUAGUUUGCGUGAUCUCAAUGGUGGGGGAAAUGUUGGAGAUGAUUGUUAAGCAUGAAGUAUCAGGGUACUUAGAGACACAUGAUAAAGUAAGCCGAAGUCAGCAUGGUUUCCUUAAGGGAAAAUCCAGGCUGGCAAAUCUGUUGGAAGUCUUCGAGGAAAUAACAAGUAGGAUAGACAUGUGGAAUAUGUGGAAUUCGUUGCCACUGGCGGCUGUGGAGAUCAGGUCAUUGGGUAUAUUUAAGGCAGAGGUUGACAGGUUGAAUGCUAUAAUUGCACUCCUCCAUUUUACGGACUUAUGGCCUUAUGGUCAGGCAGCAUCAUUGAAGAGGAAUACAGUGAUGAAGGUUCUCUGCCCGAAUAAUCGAUUGCGUAUUUCUGCAUAGAUGCUACGGGACCUGCUGAAUUUCUUCAGCAUUUUGUCUGUUGCUCUGGAUUUUAGCGUCAGCAAAGUCUUCUGUGUUGAUGCAUUCCGAAAGUUGUAUUUUUAUUGGUUGGUACGUGUUCUUCAGCAUUAAACAUUUAUAUUAUGUCAUUUUGCAGUCCUGGUAGGUAACAAAAUGCCGACGGGUCCAACAUGUUACUUUGAUUUGGUAAUUUUUCAUGUUUGACACUAUCACCUGCACAACAAAUGUUUUUUUAGUUAG